ACUUCUUAUAUCACGAGAAAUCUUUUGAGUCAGCGGCUGGCACACGGCGCAUCCUCUCAUCCCUCCCACCGGGGGUUCAGAGUCCGUCGCGGACUGAGACGCUCCCUAGGAAAAAUUUUUCUUCGACCAGCCCCAUGGCCCUCGCCUUCUGCUCUUCUCUCCUCUUCUCUUCCUCCACUCCUCCGCCGUCCUCUCCUUCCCUCCCUUUCCGAACCUCGCCUACGGAUUCCUCCCUAAUAACGAUCCCUGCCCCCCAUCGGAUACGACCCAUUUCUAUCCGCACCCGGCCGUCUCUCCGACCCAAGGCCACGGUCGCCGCCGACUCCCCUGCCACCGGCGGCGCCGCCCCCAGGAGCGGUCCGCCUAGGGUUUUGCUGGAGGUGAAAGAUCUGAAGGCCGUGAUCGCGGAGUCAGGGCAGGAGAUCCUUCGUGGUGUCAAUCUUACCAUCUACGAGGGCGAGGUUCACGCGAUUAUGGGGAAGAAUGGAUCCGGGAAGAGCACGCUUGCGAAGGUUCUUGUUGGUCAUCCAGAUUAUGAGGUAACUGGAGGCAGUGUUAUCUUCAAAGGUGAGAACUUGCUAGAGAUGGAGCCAGAGGAAAGAUCUCAUGCUGGGCUUUUCAUGAGUUUCCAGACCCCUGUUGAGAUACCAGGCGUAAGCAACUUUGACUUUCUAAACAUGGCAUACAAUGCUCGAAGAAAAAAGCUAGGGCUACCUGAGCUACCUCCUCUUGAGUUCUAUAGUUAUGUCUCUCCCAAAGCUGCUGCUAUUAAUAUGGAUCUAAGGUUUCUAGACAGAAACGUGAAUGAAGGGUUUAGUGGUGGCGAAAAGAAGCGCAACGAGAUUUUGCAACUUGCGGUUCUUGAGGCAGAUUUGGCAAUUUUAGAUGAGAUUGAUUCAGGGUUAGAUGUUGAUGCACUUCAAGAUGUAGCAAAAGCUGUUAAUGGGCUUUUAACACCCAAUAAUUCUGUUUUGAUGAUUACACAUUAUCAACGCCUUCUGGAAUAUAUCAAGCCCAGCUAUGUCCAUAUCAUGUAUCGAUUGCCCUGGCAAACAAAGCAGCACAGCAUGCAAAUGCAAACCAUUUGAAAUUCAUUUACUGG